AUGACUGGAGAGCACGAGGCGACAACAGUAGACGUGACGCUAAACUGUAACCGAGGCACGGUUCCCCUUCCCCUCGCCCCCUGCCCAGGAAACAUGAAAGCGGCGGGAGACCCAAGCAGGCACCCGGGCCUCGACGCUUACCCGGCCCAGCCGGGCCCCAUCAGUGCCGCCCUGGAAGACAUGGAUCUCUGGACCCGCUUCCACCAGGUGGGCACCGAGAUGAUCAUCACCAAGUCUGGCAGGCGGAUGUUUCCCCAGUGCAAGAUCAAACUCUCCGGCCUCAUCCCUUAUGCCAAGUACGUGAUGCUGGUGGACUUCGUGCCAAUGGACGGCUUCCGGUACAAAUGGAACAAGGACCAGUGGGAGGUAGCCGGGAAAGCCGAGCCGCAGCUCCCGUGCCGGACUUACGUUCACCCGGAUUCCCCGGCCUUUGGCAGCCACUGGAUGAAGGAGCCCGUCUCCUUCCAGAAGCUGAAGCUCACGAACAACACGCUGGACCAGCACGGGCACAUAAUCCUGCACUCCAUGCACCGCUACAAACCCCGCUUCCACGUGGUGCAGGCAGAUGACCUCUUCAGCGUCCGCUGGGGCAUCUUCCAGAUCUUCAGCUUCCCCGAAACGGCCUUCACCUCUGUCACUGCCUACCAAAAUGAGCAGAUCACAAAACUCAAGAUCGACAACAAUCCCUUUGCCAAAGGGUUCCGGGAGCACGGGAGGAACACUCGCAGUCACAGGGAUGCCAGGCCCCAAGGGCAGAAGCUCAGCUCGGCCAGCUCCCAGAAGCGCAAACAGUCAGAAGACCCAGAACUGAACAGUGGAAGAGCCGCCGAGAGCGCAACUUUCACGAAGGAAGAGGGGGCGCGGGGGAGGAGGGAGGCCGAUCCUGGGACUCCUGGCAAUGGUGGCUUCUCCUAUUGGAGCCUGGAGCCCCGCACGAGCGACGGAGGGUACCAGAACGCCGGCCCCCCACUGCCCGCCCCCCAGCCCCCACCGCAGCUGCUGCCCGGGUGGGACCCCACCUCUGGGAUGGAGUACCCGGCCCGGCCCCCCUUCUCAGAAGCCUCACACCCCCAGCUGGAGCCCAAGCAGCUGCCCGACGGCUUCGCCCACUUGGCCGCCUUGCCCUACCCCCAGGACUUUUCUGGGGGCGGGCCCGGGGCGGCAGAGCCCCCCGGGAAGGCGGGGCGCCGGGGCCCCCGAUACGGUGCCUACGAGCCGGCGCUGGGGCAGUGGAUGCCCACCCCUCACGGGCAGUACCGCGCCGUUGGCUACACCCCCUUUCCCACGGACUUUAACCCGCCGAGCGCCCCGGCAGCCCCGGCGGGCGUGACAGACUGGGGCCAGUGCCCGCUGUUCCCCUAUGCCUGCUGGUGA